AUGAGCGAAAUCACGGAUGCAUGGGAGGACGAAUGGUCCAAUGUUGCUGAUAAAAGGCCGCCGUCCCAGGCUCCCGAAUCGAAAAAACCGUCCUCAAAAGUCUCGAAGGCCCAGAAACGGGCCCAACAGGCUGAGUUUAACCGACAACUAUGGGCUGAAGCCGAAGGCCCGAAGCAGACAAACUAUUUCCUCGAAUCUCGAAACGUGGUGCCCCUUCGCUCAGAAUUCAAGCCCCCACCUGUACUUCUCUCCAGAAAAGGACCUGUCAUCCAGACACGCAGACCAGCUCCAAUUGGAGUAGAGGCUCUAAGCCUCAACGAGUCCACAUCCUCGCGCAACAACGAGGACUCGUCCGAGGAUGAAGAGGAUCACAAAGCCAAAGAACUUAGCCUCGCUGAGCGCCAGGCCCAAGCGGUAAAAGACCGUGAGGAGAAGCAGCGGAAAUACGAAGAACGGAGGCAAGAAUUGUUCGGAACGACUUCUAGCAGCGGAAAUACCUCGCAGCAACACUUGAACAACGCCAAUACUAGAUCUGGGACAUCCACGCCGUCCAGCUUGACCCCACCCGGCUCACGCUCGGCGACUCCAAAUCGUGGCGGAAGGGGCAAAGGAGGCAGGGGCGGUCGCGUUCCUGGAGGUCCCGGAUCCAACACGUCUACAAGAAAUCAGUCACGAGGAUCCCAGCAUCGAGAAUUGUAUGACCCAUCCCAUACUCCAAAACCAAACCGAGAAGAGUCGCAACAUGCUCGUACCCCCGACAUCCACCCGAUUCGCACGCCUCGAGGGCCAAAUGGCAGCGGUAGAGGAGGAUUCGGUUUCUCGAGUUCCCGUGCCGGCCAUGUCUCAUAUGGACAUCAAGCACAUACCUCAGCUACCGCCUUUACGACAAGUUUUAACACCACAGUUUAA